AUGAGAAGGCUAUCACUUCCUGUGGUUUAUUCCAAUGGGGCAAAUGUACUAUCGAAGCGAUUUCUCGAAAUGAAUCCCAGUGAAUAUAAAUUUAACCCUCUCCCAAAGGAUGAACAAUAUGCAACGCUUAAUGGCGUUAAAACAAGCUAUUACCAUGCUAUCAACGGAGCUCUAGACCAUGCUCUUAGUGACAGUAAAACAGUACUCCUGGGCGAAGACGUAGCCUUUGGUGGAGUGUUUCGCUGUUCGGUGGGUCUACGCGAAAAGUACGGGCCAAAGAGGGUGUUUAACUCUCCGCUCAGUGAACAGGGUAUUGUAGGGUUCACAAUUGGCAUGGCUUCAAUGGGGUGGAGACCAAUUGCGGAAGUGCAGUUUGCCGACUACAUCUUUCCUGCCUUUGACCAAAUUGUUAAUGAGGCAGCAAAAUAUCGCUUCCGAUCAGCUGGAAGUUAUUAUUGUCCUCUAGUAAUUCGUGCGCCAUGUUCAGCGGUUGGCCAUGGUGGGGCCUACCAUUCACAGAGUGUAGAAGCAUUUUUUACACAUUGCGCGGGUUUGAAGGUGGUCAUGCCCAGCACACCAACGGAAGCGAAAGGUUUACUACUCAAGUGUUGGAAAGAUAAUGAUCCAUGCUUGUUUUUAGAAUCCAAAAUACUGUAUCGCAGCGCAUUUGAAGACGUUAAUCCAGAUUACUACGAUCUCCCCCUUGGUAAGGGACGUGUUCUUUUGGAAGGAAAAGACUUGACAAUCAUUACCUACGGCUCACAAGUAUACCGUGCGGCAUAUGCGGCGAAGAUGGCCCAAGAGGAAGGCAUUUCAGUAGAGCUCAUCGACUUGCGCAGUUUGAUACCGUGGGAUCGUGACUUGGUUGCCGCGUCUGUUAAGAAAACACGAAGGGCUAUUGUAACACAUGAGGCGCAGCAGACAUCUGGUUACGGCGCAGAGCUUGUGUCGUGCAUUGCGGAGGAUUGCUUCCUAUCUUUAGAAGCGCCACCCAAACGCGUCUGUGGCCUGGACACACCAGUUCCUCUUCACGAGCGACUUUAUAUUCCUAACGAGUUCAAGCUGUAUGAUGCAAUUAAGGAAACUGUGAAUUUUUAG